AUGAAAUCAACUACCAUCGUCGCUAGUCCAUCAACCGCUACUGCUGGAAUUACAAGAAAACCAAGUAUAACUGUCGUACCAGAUGCUUGUUCUAUCAUGUCAUUACCUAUACAAAAGUACACAUUAAAAAAAACCGAAUAUCUAAAACAAAGUAAUAUCGUUUUACUUGAAUAUUGGACACAAUAUGAAAUAGUUACACGAUAUAAAAAUAUGGCUUCUAUAAUAUUUCCAAUGUAUACAAUGUACAAAAGACGUGAUUCACUUCGAAUCUAG